CAUUACCCAGAGCCCCGACAUAAACUGUAAUCAGAUACAUGCAUUUAAGAUUUUUUCUAAAAUGGCAUUAUAAUAUUUGUUUCACAAUUUUAAAUCAGAUUUGUAAAUAGGUUAUUCUUGAACGAGGAAUUCAUACAAAAAUGGCAGAUAGUGAACCAAAUGCGGAGAAGACAAAUUCUGAAGCACCGAAAGAGUCUGGAAAUUCCGAAGAACAACCAAAGGAAGAACAUAAAGAAGAUGAGCAAAGUUUAGAGGAAAAGCCAACAGAGGAACAACUUGAAAAAUGGAGAAAAAACUUUGACGCUAUUGCUGAUGAAAAUGGGUUCAUAACCAGUGAUGGUCUAGAAAUCUGCCUGCAGCGGGACAAUAAAAAUCCUACCCCAAGUAAUAUAGAAGAAUUAAUGUCAGUCAUUGAUAUAGAUGGUGAUGGUAAAUUUGGAUUUGAAGAAUAUGUAAAGAUACAGCUACAAGCGUCUAAGAUGACGUUUUUCUGCAGCGAUAUUCAGAUGGAGUUGGAGCAAGCGCUUAAAGCGUUUGAUGAAAAUGAUGAUGGUACAAUCAGCAAAUCUGAACUAAAAACUAUUCUGACGGAUUAUGAUGACGCCACGUUAGAUGAUGUCAUAAAGCAUUUGGAUACCAAUAAUGACGGUCAACUUUCAAUAGCAGAACUAGCGGCAUAUUUGACGCAGACGUGUAAAUGAUAAGUUCAGAGGAUUCCAAAAGAAAAAUAGUGAUGAUCUUCUCUCAACAAAAUACUAUCCAGUUUUAUUAAUUUUUUUGCAAUGACUUUUACACAGUCAUGAUGUGUCCUUUGUGUCAAAAUACUGUUUGGAAAAUUUAUGUACAUUGCCUGUUAGUAGCGUUGUAGCUAUUCGUAUCAGUGGUACACUGUUUAGAUGGUUUGUUUUAUAUUGUAAUUAUAUUUAUUGUUGUUAUUUAUAUUUAUAAAUGUUUGUAUGUAGCACUAUUCUUACAGAUAUAUUGUGAAAGGUACAACAUGAUUUUAGUGAUAGUUCCAUGUGAAAAUUUUUUACAUGUUUGGCUUUGAUCCUCAUAUUCAGGAAACGUUACUAUUGUCACUUUUCAGUGUGCACCCUCUACAAGAAUUGCAUCUGUAUAAAAGCAGAAAUAAACAUGUACAUAUCUUUGUGAUGCCAUUUUAUGUCAUCUAAAAUAUCAAUGCAGAAAUUUUAUCAUUUCAUCAUGCAAAUUCUUAAAAUUUGUAUAUGUUUGUAAAUUGUAUAAGGGCAUCUUGAAACUGUAAUUAUUAAUGCCCUUGAUCGAUUCUAUGUUAUUGAAGAUGUUAGCACACAUAAAUCUCUAAUAAAGCAGGGAUUGUAUUA